GAGGCGGAGUAUGUGUGUGUGUAGGAAGUAUCUCCACAGAUUGGCUGAGUGUGUGUAGAGCGGUGACCUCCUCCACAGCGAGCGUGUCGCUAACCACCAUUAACAUUUCAACUAAACAAAAACACAUCCACGGGAGGAAACCAGGCGCUUACCCGCCUUCCAGGAGAUAAAGAUUUGGUCUUCUCCUCUUUUUUCCCCCCCUCCUUCUCGUCCAGGCUGAAGCGGUGCAGCAGCAGCUGGGGCCAGAAGCGAGCAGUAUGCAUUCAGACUGCAGGCUGCUAUGGGCAGAGCGGUAAUGGUGGGCAGGGGACCGACAGGGGCCGGGGUGCUCGUCCUGUCCGUGCUCAUCGUUCUCACCGCGGAGGGCUGUCGAGGGCAGAAAGGUGAUGGCUGCGGACCCAGUGUGCUCGGCCCCAGCAGCGGGACGCUGUCCUCUCUGGACAAUCCGAGGACAUACCCGAGUGACACUGUGUGUGAGUGGGAGAUCACUGUGCCGCGUGGAAAGAUCCACUUUCGAUUUGCUCUGCUGGACUUAGGAGACAGUGACUGCCAGGUUAACUAUCUCCGCCUCUACAACGGCAUCGGAUCCAAAAAGACUGAGAUUGUGAAAUACUGUGGUUUGGAUCAGAAAGUGGAUGAGCUGAUCGAGUCUUCAGGCAACCAGGUGACCGUCCAGUUCAGGAGUGUGAUGCACCGUACAGGACGUGGAUUCUACCUGUCCUACUCCACCACUGAACACUCAGAUUUAAUCACUUGCCUCGACAAAGGAUCCGAUUUCCCAGAGGCAGAAUUCAGUAAAUACUGUCCUGCAGGCUGCUUGACAUCUACAGAGAAGAUUUCUGGAACUACACCAAAUGGAUACAGAGAGUCGUCCCCAUUGUGUGUGGCGGCUAUCCAUGCAGGUGCGGUGUCCAAUGCUGCGGGCGGGAAGAUCACCGUGGUGAGCAGCACAGGCAUUCCUCACUACGAGGCAACACUGGCUAAUAACGUCACUUCCACUGUAGGAAUUUUAUCAAAGAAUCUUUUCACCUUCAAAACAGAUGGCUGCUCCGGGACUCUGGGUUUGGAAUCUGGUGGUGUAGUGGACUCUCAGCUCAGCGUUUCGUCCGUUUGGGACUGGAACACCACCGCUGGUGAGCACGUCGUGUGGGGGAAGUCGGGAGCUCGUCUGAAGAAGCCCGGGCUUCCCUGGGCUCCUUCACUCAGCGACCGGCAGCAGUGGCUGCAGGUUGACUUCAGGAGGGAGAAGAGGAUCACAGCUAUUGUCACCACUGGUUCCGACCGGAGCGAGUACCAGUACUUUGUGAAGGCAUACCGGGUUCUGUUCAGUAAAGAUGGCAAGGAGUGGCAUUUCCACAGGGAAACUAAUUCUUCACAAGACAAGAUUUUCCAAGGUAACAUGGACUACCAGGACAAAGUGAGGAAUAACUUCAUUCCUCCAAUCGAGGCUCGUUUUGUGAGGAUAAAUCCCACCUUGUGGAACCAGAGGAUUGCUCUAAAGCUGGAGUUGUUUGGCUGCCUUCCUGGAGGUGGCAGAUCAGCUGUUACAAAACUGUUCACUACCUCCGGUACUGGUUCCACUCCACCUCCUGCGAAGACGAAGCACCCGCCUCACCUCAGCGAAGCCACGCACACGCCAGACAUCAGAAACACGACGAUGCCUCCCCACUGCGGCAAAGAUGUGGUGCUGAUGGCAGUUCUGGUACCGGUGGCAGUCGUGGUUCUGACUGCUCUGAUCUUGACGGUGGCUUGCGUUUGCCACUGGAGGAACAAGAAAAAGAGCGCAGAAGGAACGUACGACAUUCCCUACUGGGAUCGGACAGGUAUGUCACCGCUUUGUCACUUCGAGCCGCGCGUGUGGUUAUAUUGCAGCUCCGCGACUCAUUAUUGGUGUGCUGCAGUCUGGUGGAAAAGCAUGAAGCAGCUGCUGCCCUCCAAGAUGAUGGAGACCGAGGAUUCGGUUCGCUACAGCACCCCUGAGGUCAGCCGGCUGGCGGGACGGAGCGCCGUUCCCAGACUGCACGCUGAACCUGCAGAGUAUGCCCAACCGCUGGUGAGCGGUGUGCCCACACUGGGUGCACGGUCGACCUUUAAACCAGACGAAGGGCCGGAACCGGGCUACUCGGAUCCAGACCUGUAUGACGCUCCCAUCCCACCCGACGUUUACCACCCCUACGCAGAGCCGCUGCCGUCAUCAGGAGCUGAAUACGCGACUCCCAUCGUGGUGGACAUGGGCUGCCACCUGCCCUCCAAAGUGCUUAAUUUUAUGGGCUCUGGGCCCAGCUCUCUGCUCACAUGGACAGACGGCAGCCAUUCUGGGGGGUCUGUCUAUGACACACCUAAAAAUGCCAAUGGUCAGGCCAUGCCCACUCAGGAUCUGACAUAUCAGGUCCCUCAAAAAGUUCCUCCAAAGCCAGCCGGAUGAGCGCCGAACAGGCCAGACGAGCCCAGUUUGGGGAAGGAAAACCCAGCUGGGAGGGUUUCUGAACCUGGCUUUGAGUCUUGAAUGAACACUACCUUUUAGCUUCAGAUUCAGCUGGAGAUGUCUGUAUUUCCUGAACUUUUCUGCAAGGCUACAAACUGCUUGUGUGGUGCCUUUAGAGUCCUAUCACUGAAACUACGAUGAAUGUGUUGGUGACGGAAAGGAGGAAGCUGACUACUGUUUGUGAAAGACUUUGUCCCUGUUUGUGAUGUGUCCACCUGUUCUCUUCUGAAGCUGUGAUUUCCACCCCGAUCGUCUCUCCAUCCAAUCACUGCAUGUUUUAUUACGUCGCUUGCGUUCAAAUCUUUCAGAACUGCACCAUGUCGCCUCCUUAUGGUACUAAUGUUUUAAAGCAUGACUUGAAAUUGUUAAUAGUUGUUGUAAUGACAUCACUGCGAUCCUUUUAGGUCAGACGAUUAUCAGAUUGUUUUAUUUCACAUCCUGCUGAUUGCCGAGCGCCCACCCCCCUCCCCCUUUUCUACCCUUCACUGUUAGCGGAUCAAUCUGUUGCACUGUGAUGGCUGAAAGUAGUUUCUUUUUUAAAAUCUUUUAAGAUAACUUCUGUCAUGAAGUAUUUUACCCAUGAUACCCAUGUCUUUUCCUGAUGGAGACCAAAUCUUGCCUUCUGUGGUCCAAAUCCGUGCCAUCAUCACAACCAUUAAAAAAAAUAGUCUUAAAUUAGAGAAGUGUAAUGUUGUUGCAAAUGGUAGUGUGUGAUUUAGUAUUUAAGUCGGUGUUGCAUCUGUCCUGAAGCGUUCCGAUCAAUUGUUCCCGUCUUCUGUGUUCAUCGGCGUCUGAGUGUUCAACCGUUUUGUGGCUGAAACGUUUAAAUGUCGCACCAGUAAACUGCAUUCCUCUCCUGCGGCACUGAUCUGAGCAAAACACUGGCUGACAGGAAGGCAGAUGGUGGACAAACGUGCAUCAAGCUGCUGCUUAUUGUCACAGAACAGCCACCUCAGCUGUGGGAAGGUGUGCCAGUGAUUGUGUUCAAUAACCACAGAGUGAUUUAUGGAGAUUAAAGUUCCCUGGUUGCAUAAAAUAA